AUGCAUCUAGAACGGUAUCUUUGGUUGUGUAUUCUGAUCAAUGUCGUGGUCGCAAAGGAGUACAUUAUCAGACUAAAAAAUAAUUACAGCAUCACUAAAUUUAUGAACUCAGAUGUCUUCAAUCUGCCUAACAGAAAAGUCUCCGACUUCAUCCUCGACAACGGCCACCAGAUCAAGAAAGUAAUCGAAUUCGGUAAUUUCAAAUGCUUCAUAGUGGAUGAUUCGACGGAUAAGAGAAUUUCCCUGGACUUGAUGGAGAGAUUAAGAAAGCAUCCCUUUGUUCAAGACAUAACACCAAAUAUUAAAGUUGAGCUUUACGGGGAUGCAGAACAUCAGGGCGCCGACAAUGAUAAUCACAAUGACACUGAUAUGGUAGAGGAAACUGUCUGGCAAGAUGACGACGAUAGUGAAGAUCAAGAUGACGACGAAUAUAAAGGUGUGGAUAUACAGUUUGGGGCCCCAAGACAUCUAGGGAAACUCUCCUCGCGCCACCAGCUCCCAUACAAUGUGAAAGAUGAGAAGGAGUUUAAAGAGUUCAUCCAUUACUAUUACGACAGAUAUUAUCAAGGGACUAAUUCUGUAGUCUAUAUAAUUGACACUGGGGUUUACAAAGAACACAAGGAGUUUGGUAAUCGAGUACAUUUUGGUGGAGACUUUAUUGGUGAAGGAAAAGGGGAUUACAACGGACAUGGGACGCAUGUGGCAGGUUUGAUUGGAUCCAAAACGUUCGGCGUAGCAAAGAAUGUCACAUUGUUUGACGUGAAGGUAUUGGACCAAAAAGGUUUCGGUAAUUUAACAUCAGUACUAGAAGGAAUUGAAUUUGCCGUGAACAACUGUAAACUGAAACAGCAACCAAUGGGGAAAAACUGUGUGAUCAAUAUGUCAUUGGGAACAAUCAGGAAUCCAAUAAUCAAUGAAGCAAUUAAAGAAGCGUUCCUAAGUGGGAUAACACCAGUUGUUGCAGCAGGUAAUAACAAUUUUAGCGCCUGUUGGACAUCGCCAGCCUCAUCAAAUUUUGCAAUCACUGUAGGGGCCAUGGAUGAUAGAACAGAUACAAUUGCUGUGUUUUCAAAUUGGGGACAAUGUGUCGAUAUCUUUGCGCCAGGUGUUAGGAUUAAGUCAUUGUCGAAUCGAAUGUUAGAAAACGGUGUAAUCCAUUCUGGAACAUCAAUGGCUUCGCCAAUAGUGGCAGGUUUGGUCGCAAUAUUGAUGGAAAAGGGUUAUAAAUGCGAUGAAAUUAAACAGAAGCUGAUAGAUGAUUCUUCAAAAAGUAUAUUUAGUAAGUUAACUUUAUUCUUCAAAUAUGGUACACCUAAUAGAGUCAUAUAUAAUGGUAUUGAAGAAGUCAUAAACGUGAAUAAAGAAAAUAUUAGACAAAGAGAAGAAACGGACGAAUCAAAAGAAUAUGAUACAAUUGAAGACAUAGAUGAUAGUGCUAAUGAGACUAAGACAGAAGAAGACGAUGACAAUUUCGAAGAACAUGACCCUGAUUAUUCAAAUGAACCAUUGAAUGAUGAUGAUGACACUGAUGUUGAAAAUACUCCCGACAAAGAUGGUUUCCAUGAUGGAUCUUCAAAUAAUGGCGAUAAAUCAUCAAAUGAGGAGGAGGAGGACACAAGCAGCGACGAAGAUUCAAGUUACUAUAAACCUCCGUUAUCACAUUCUAGAAGGAAAUUUUUUGACAAGUUUCAUAAGAUAGGAAGAUUUAAGUAUCCAUCAAUCAAAAUUCAUGAGCUAGCUAAGUAUAUGAGGAGCUAUAAGCCAGUCAAGAACGUCUUUGAAGAUUCAGAAAAUCUUUAUCUUGAUGUACUGUGGAUAUCUUGA